AUGGAAUCAAACGGUGGAUUUCAUGAGGUGGAAAAAGAUGGUAAACUAGUUUUGGUAUACCAUCACCCCAAAUAUUGUCCCAUACCCCAAACACAGUCCCCAACCUCCUCCGAUGACCUUUCUUUACAACCUCUUUUUGUAUGCCCUAAUAUGCGAUGGGAUGACUUGUCGUAUCUCCUCCAUCCAACCACAUUUACGCUCAAUUCUUCCCCUGAGUACGUCUUUCCAAAAACAACUGACCAUGAUGAUAAUUAUUAUCAUUAUGUAGUCCCUUUGUUUUGGUGCAACAAUGAAAAAUUUGAUGCCAAUGGUGGAUGCGACAUAUGCCAAGGCUCAAAUUUCAGCACAGACUAUUACUUCUGUAACUAUUGUGAUGAAAAAUUCCAUAGAGAGUGUGUCCAGUCUCCUCUUAAAAUCAAACACCCUUACCAUUCUGACCAUAUUCUUCAACUUUCUUUUCAUCCGUGUGAAGCUCGCGAUGUUGAGUGUUUAUGUUGUGGAAGAAAAGCAAAAUCCUUGGUUUAUCAUUGUACCAUAUGUCAGGCUUAUAUGCAUUCAGUCUGUGCGAUGAAAUCAAUACCCUUUGUUCUAGACCCACCUAAAAACCAUGUCCAUCCUCUCACCUUUUUCCCGAGACAAACCUCCUUAACUUGUAACGUUUGUGGUUUGUUGAGAAAAAAUUAUCCCACUUACGUUUGUUUCAGAUGCAAUUUUGUGGCUCAUAAUGAUUGUAUGAAUCACCCACACAUCAUCAAAAUAUCACGUCACAACCAUCGUAUCUCCUUCACUCUUUCUCUUCCAUCCAAAACAUGGUGGUCUUGUGGAGUUUGUCGUCAAAGUAUUAACAUUGAUUAUGGUGCAUAUACUUGUGACAAGUGUAGUGCUUAUGUUGUUCAUCCAAUAUGUGCUACUGGGAAGGGUGUGUGGGAUGGAAAAGAACUCGAAGGUGUACCAGAAGAAGAUGAUAUUACACAAGAUGCCAUGCCGUUCGAGAUGAUAUCUGAAGGAGUGAUACUUUAUUUUCUUCAUGACCAUCAUCUCAGACUCAUGGUAAAUAUAUUUUAUGAAGAAAAUAACUUUUGUCAAGCGUGUGUCCUUCCUAUCUAUGAAGGUAACUUCUAUUCUUGUAUGGAGUGUGAGUUCAUUCUCCAUGAAAAAUGCGCUAAGACUCCCCGUAUAAUUCAACAUGCAUUACAUCCUCAUCCACUUAAAUUGGAGGAUUCUAGUGAAUAUAAGUUCGGUCAUUUCACAUGCAAUGCUUGUGGUUAUGAAUGUGGUGGCUUUGUCUAUGAGUGUCGCAUAGAGGAAUGCUCUUUCUAUCUAGAUGUAAGGUGUGCUUCAAUUUCUGAGCCGUUUGAUUACAACAGUCAUGAGGAUCCUUUGUUCCUAGCUUUAGAGCAAGAAGUAAAAGUUAUAUGUCAUGUAUGCGAAACAGAAUGUCGAAGACAAUUAAAUUGCAUCAAAUGCGAUUUUAUUGUAUGUUUCAAGUGUGUUACCUUACCAUACAAAGCAAGAUAUAAGUAUGACUCACAUUUUCUCACGUUGUCAUAUCGUGAAGUAUGUGAGAAAGAUUGGUGUGAGGUGUGCGAAUGUAAUUUAAAAGAUACGAACACGAAAGUGUUUUACUGGUGCAAAGAGUGCUACACCAUUUUUCAUAUUCAAUGCUUAAUUGGUGUAAACCCAUAUAUGAAGCCUGGUCAAAAUUUCUAUCGAAGGGGGAGGAAGGUUCAAACUCUUCGCAACUGUAAUCUUUCUCGGCCAUUAUGUGAUACUUGCAAGAACCAUUGCCAAGGGAAAAUAUUUAAGAGAGACAACAACAUAGCAUGUUCCGUGGAAUGUAUUUUUUCUUACGUGUAA